GAUUUGAGCAACUCGAACGCCACCAUGAACGACCGAACAUCAGACGCAGCGAUCGCAUCCCUGAGCCGUGACGAGCUCGUUGCCAGGCUGCGCACGUCGGAAGCUGCACUUGCAUCCCUCACGUCGUGGUGCACCAAGCUCGAGGAAGAGCGAGAGUACAUUUUGCGUCAAUGGUUCUUGUCACAAGCUAACACACCGGCCAAGAAGAAUGCAAAUGCUUAAUCACCGUCUCGUGUCGUCUUGGGUAGUUGAGGUGCAUCUGAAUACUGGAAUCGAUCGUAAAACUAUUGGAGCCCAG